CAACCAUCUACCCCGAGCAACUGAGUUAUUCUUUUACCAGAACCAGCUCAGUCUUCAGUUUUUUCAUUCUCUCAUAGUGGGCUUCACUAUUAUUCACUAUGCAGUCCCUCAAGCGCACCCUCUUUCUCCUCAGCGCCCUCCUUCCUGCAGUCCUGGGUGCUCCAGUCCAGGAAACCCGCCCUGUUGCUGAGACCAUCCCUGGCAAGUACAUUGUUACUUUAAAGGAUGGGCUUGAUGACGCCAGAAUUGCAGCCCAUACCUCCUGGGUGACUGAUGUCCAUACUCAGAGCCUGGCUCGUCGUAGUUCUGAUGCUACCGAUUUACCGGCCGGUAUCAAGAAGAACUACAAGAUCGACAACUGGAAUGCAUACGCGGGUUCAUUCGACGAUGCCACCAUCGAGCAGAUCCGCAACAGCGAAGAUGUUGCCCAUGUCGAGGAGGACCAGAUCUGGCACAUCAACUAUUUGAAGUCGCAGAAUAAUGCGCCAUGGGGCUUGGGAAGUAUUUCCCACAAGGGUACAGCCAGCACCACGUACGUCUACGACAGCACAGCGGGUGCUGGCACGUACGGCUACAUUGUCGACACUGGCGUCAAUGUUAACCACGUUGAGUUCGGCGGCCGUGCCAGCCUUGGAUACAAUGCCGUUGACGGCACCUCCCAUGUUGACACUGUGGGACAUGGGACUCACGUUGCGGGUACUAUUGGUAGUGCCAGUUAUGGUGUUGCCAAGUCCGCGAAGUUGAUUUCAGUCAAAGUUAUGCAUGGUCAAUCUGGCAGUACUUCUGAUAUCAUCGAUGGAUUUCAGUGGGCUGUGAAUGACAUUACAUCAAAGGGCCGCGUUUCCAGGGCUGCUAUUAACAUGAGUCUUGGAGGUGGGUAUUCUUAUGCAUUCAACCAGGCCGUGGAAAGCGCAUACAGACUGGGCGUUACGAGUGUUGUAGCAGCUGGAAACGAAAACCAAGACGCUAGAAACACCAGCCCUGCAUCCGCUCCUAACGCAAUCACCGUUGGCGCCAUCUCAAAGGGCAACUCCCGUGCCUCAUUCUCCAACUAUGGUUCUGUCCUCGACAUCUUCGCCCCCGGAGAGAACAUCCUUUCCACCUGGAUCGGCUCCAAUACUGCCACAAACACCAUCUCCGGUACCUCCAUGGCCACUCCCCAUGUGGUCGGCCUGGCCAUCUACCUCAUGGGCCUGGAGGACCUCCCCAACGCUUCGGCUGUGACCGCUCGUAUUAAGCAAUUGGCCACGAGGAACGCCGUCUCAAACGCCCGCGGUAGUCCUAACCUUCUCGCCUACAACGGUGCCGCCUGAGCCUUAUAAGUGCGGAGGUGCUAGGAAGACUGAGCAGGCAGGAGCGGCUACUUUAGGCAAGCUACGGAUAUUUUCAGUCGCAGCCAACUUUCUCUUCUCUUACUGCUUACAUUAUGUUCAUAUGAUUCGAUGUGUUUUGUCUGUUUUUUUUCUUUUCAUGAUCCAUCGGGUUUGUGGCGGUAAGCUGCUCUCUAUAGAUCAUUGUUAUAUAUAUUCUUCUCUCCACUUGUGAUUGAGUGUUAU